CGGAGCUCGUCGUACCGUAUCGUAAUUUGUGAUUCCGUAAUGUGAAAAUUUUCUUGAUAGCUCGAUUGUGUGUUACUUAUAUAAUAACGAGUUUGAUUCUAGCUGCGCAAAUCCUCCACUUGGACCAUGUCAUCGAGACAUUGUGAUAUUUGAGACUAAAGUACCUACUUGAUGCUGAUCACCAUCUCUUUGUGAUUAACUUAAAAAAUUUAUUUUACAAGUUAAGAGAGGUUCUUCGCGGAAAGCGAAGCCUACAUUACAAUGACCGAGGAGAAAGUCAACGGAAAUAAUCUGGAAGAUUUACCGCCGGGGGUAAAAGUGGAGGAGGUCGAAAUCCCGGUGCCAUGGGGACACGUGGCGGGCCGCUGGUGGGGUCCCAGGGACAAACAGCCCGUAAUAGCUAUACACGGGUGGCAGGACAACGCGGGGACAUGGGACAAUCUAAUCCCACUUCUGCCACCAAGUACCGCGGUGUUGUGCAUCGAUCUGCCCGGACACGGCUUCUCCUCUCACUACCCAACCGGCAUGCUAUACUACGUCUUCUGGGAUGGUGUGGUCCUCCUGCGACGGAUAAUGAAGCACUUCAAGUGGUCCAAAGUCAGCCUCCUGGGCCAUUCCCUCGGCGGCGCCUUGAGUUUUAUGUACGCGGCGUCGUUCCCCGAUGAUGUAGACCGAAUUAUGUGCAUAGAUAUCGCCAGUCCAGCGGUCCGACCUCCCAGCCACUUGGUCAAAUCUACCACCGCCAUGAUAGAUAAGAAUAUAGAUUACGACCACUUAUCAGAAGAGCAGCUACCCUGCUUGCCGUACGAGGAAAUGAUAGAUAAGGUGUGCGAAGCUUACCGGGGAUCGAUAUCGAAGGAGAACUGUAAAGUCCUGAUGAGGAGGGGCAUGAUGCAGCAUCCUGCGCAUUUGAACACACCUGGCUACUUCUUUACCCGCGACCCCCGGCUAAAAGUGGCCGGACUUGCGAUGAUGUCCAUAGAAACGGCUCUCGAGUACGCUACCAAAGUUAAGUGCAAGGUACUGAAUAUAAGAGCUGUUCCCGGCCAAAAAUGGGAGAGGUUGGACUACUACUUGGACGUAAUCGAGAAACUAAAAGAGACGGCUGAAGUCAAGUAUGUCGAGGUGGAGGGAACGCACCACGUGCAUCUGAAUUCACCGGAAAACAUCCUUAAACUCGUCCAGGAGUUUAUAUGUGACUUGUAUUAGAGUUAGGUUAAAUGAUUUAUGAUUGUGAUAUUAAUGUGAUGCACUUCGCUAAGCGAUUUAGUUAAUGCAAGGCUGUUAUCAAACUAGUGGUUGGCGACCGGAUGUACGGCGCGUUCAGACGUGCGCGUUUUCUGCUGUAGCGUUUGGGAAAACACGCGAGCUGAAUCCGCGCGCGCAGAAAACGUCUGAACGCGCCCUUAAGGUAUCGGACGCAUAGGACUAGUUUUUAUUAUUCGUAGGACGCACGCAACGGAGUAUGCCUCAUCUAAAACCCAUUGCGUGCAGUGCGGUUCAGUAGACGCUGUUGUAGUUUGUAUACAAGGCAUACUAAAAUCCGUUGCAUGCGAUGCGUCCGAUGCGUGUGAUGCCGAUAAUAAGUGGAGCGAGCGCGCAGCGAAUACGUCGCGGACACGUGGCGGAUACGAGACGUUUUAAUUGCGUGUUUGCAGCGAUUUUAAAAAGUGCAGAACGCUGCUAUCCUCUUGUGCGUAUGCGAACGAUUCGUUGUGCGUCCGCGACGCAGUGCCGGAUUUAUAAUGAGGCCACUUUAUUUCCCGUCAAUGUACAAUUUUUUCUGCCCCCUAAGACGCUGCCGCCCCUAGAUCGCGGCCUAAACGGCCUAUGUAUAAAUCCAGGCCACCGCUAGUAUGAUAAGGCCUUUAUAGGCACGCGCCUGAUAGAAUGUAGUUCGCGGUCACGUCGCAUAGCAAGACUCUUGAUAAUUUGAAUAGGUCAUUUGGACGUGACAUUGAAUGUCUUUGAACCGACUUUUUAAUUAAAUAAGUAUAUUUUUAGUCUUCUAUAUAAAUAGAAGACUAAAUGAAUAUUCUGAUAUUAAUCAUCAGAAUUAAAUACUAAUGAAUAAUGAUUUUUCUGUACCUCUAUUUUAAGUGCAUUCAGUUAUUAAGGUGUGAGCAUGAGCCCCUGCAGAAUCUGCAGAUAAAGUAAGCGUAAUAAUGAUUUGAAUAAAAAUGUUGACUACAUACAUAACAUGAUACUUGAUAUCCAAAAACGAAACGAUAAUAGUCGCUGUUAAUAAUUUGUGUAUUAACCCACAUUUUUUUUGUUGAAUUAUUAUGAAUGCAGU